AUGUCGCUUCUUGGUGUCAAUAGCAAGCCCAUGAGCUACAGUAACCCAGCGACUGCGAAACGAACGGGUCAAUCUGCCACGGGCGACGGGUUCACGACGCUGCUCGUGGCCAUUUGCUUCCACCAGUUCUUUGAAGGGGUCGCCGUCGGUUCGUCCGCCGUGACCGCCUUCUCGAACGUCCGCACGUCCAUCGUCACGGCCGUCGCGUACUCGCUCACGACGCCCCUGGGUAUUGCCAUUGGGAUUGCAGUCAACACCUCGUACAGCGAAACGUCUCUGACGUCGUUGUGGGUGCGUGGCGUCUUGGAUGCCGUCGCGGGUGGCAUCUUGGUGUACACUGGGAUUGUGGAAUUGCUCACGUAUCAGUACACAAUCAGCCACGAGUUUCACGCCAAGUCGGGGGGUCUUCGGUCGCUCCACUACCUCUUCUUGUGGCUCGGUGCUGGGGCCAUGGCCAUCAUUGGCCAGUGGGCUUGAGUUUAGAAAACUAAACAUAGAAAAACUACUAUAUAUACAUGGUAUAAUGGAAGCAAUCAGUCUCUCAA